AUGGUUUUUGGUCAGAGUUUUUAUAAAAAAGAGAAAAAGCGUAUUACUGCUAUCAUUAAAGAACCAUUGCUAGAGUAUGUGUUAAUGUACUUACCACACUUGCAAUGGGGAGAUCAGGCUAAGGGUGACAUGUGGGAGGUAGUUGCGAUCAGUCUUAACAACCAUGAGUUCACCGUGGAUCCAAAGCAAAGCUCGGAAGUUCCACAGGGCGCGUAUUUACCUACGUUUAAUGGUACCUAUGUUAAGGAAAUAUAUGAUCAAUUGAUGUCAGAUUUUAGAGUCCGAUUCGUGAUACACAAUGAUUCACCAAAUAGGUCUUCCUUGUAUCAUUUACCUAUGAAGGAAGUACUAGAUGACAGGUGUGAUAGGCUCUUGUGUGAGCUAUUCUACUCAUGCAGUCAUGAUGUCGAAGUUAUGUCUAAUCUAAGUAAAGAGAGAUAUGAAAAGCAGUAUAGAGCUGUCUACGAGCAAAUAACAUCGUCCCUUGGUCUUUCUUUGAAUGUAAAAGAAGGCGAUAAAUUUUCUGAUGAGGAAACUGCCAAGCUAGAUGAGUCGCUGGAUAACAAGGAAGAACCAUCGACACGUAGAAUGCUCAAUAACGCUCAAAGGAACCAAUUCAAUCUUAAGAUUGAAAGUCUCGAGAAGGAAUUGGAAAAGAGAGAUAAAAGAGCCGAACAACUUACUGAAGAAAAUAAAAGGCUCUUGGAGUUGAAUCACGAUUUGAUCCUUCAAAUGAAAAAUUCAGAUGGCUCUUCGGCUACUGGAAUAACGAUACCCAAGUAA